UAUAUCCUUUGAUAACCUCGUAUGAAGUCACGAGGAGCCGCCAAUGGAGACUAGAAGUUCCUGCCCCCCCAAUUGUAUGAGAGACGACUGACUGUAUACAAAGCGAAAAGUGUCUGAAACGCUAACAUAGCAAAGAGCUCUGAAGUCUCACACAAUUAAUUUGGCAGAGAGGGAAAUAUGAAAGAAUCAUAUCCGAUGAAUAGCGGAGAUGGCACUUACAGCUACACCAAGAACUCCACCCAUCAGAGAGAAGUUUAUGAUGUUGCUAAAGAAAUGAUCAAUGAAGCAAUUGCAAAGAAGCUUGACAUGAAAAGCCUCAUUUCUUAUUCAAGCACGUUACUCAUAGCAAUGGCAAUGAUAAUUAUAAAUCUUGAAUUUUAGGUUUUUUUUUUUCCUUUUAGAAUUUACUUAAUUUUGUAGUCCAUUUUGAGUCUGCAAUAUUGUAUGAGUCUCAUUUUGAGCUAAAUAUAUGUUGUCACAAUGGUGGCCUUUAUCUGUUAUAUAUAUAUUUUAACUGAUGUGUUUAUAAUACUACAGUUGUUUUAUGGAUGCUGCUCUCCAAUUUUGAAUUGCAGAUUUCAAUAACUAUACCAUAUGUUAAUUUCUUAGUUCACUUGUAUAAUCUUUUGGAUAUAGUGAUACCAUUUGGUAUCACAGAUUUCAGGACUAUAACUAAUUGGAUUUGUUAAUGAUUAUCAAAGCAACAACACCGAAUCUGAUUGCCAUGGCAAUGAUAAUUUUAGCACAAAGAGCAAUAACAUCUUUUGCCGGCUUUACAGAGUGAAUUUUAUGAUGUUACUAAAGAAAUGAUCAAUGAAGCAAUUGCAAAGAAGCUUGACAUGAAAAUCCUCAUUUCUUAUUCAAGCACGUUGCGCAUAGCAAUGGCAAUGAUAAUUAUAGCACCAAGAGCAAUAACAUCUUUUGCCGGUUUUACAGAGAGAAGUUUAUGAUGUUGCUAAAGAAAUGAUCAAUGAAGCAAUUGCAAAGAAGCUUGACAUGAAAAGCCUCAUUUCUUAUUCAAGCACGUUGCGCAUAGCAGAUUUGGGAUGUUCAGUUGGGGCAAAUACCUUCAUUGCCAUGCAAAAUGUACUUCAAGCCAUAGAAAAAAAGUAUCUUUCCCAAGGCCUUGCCUCUAAAGUGCCCGAAUUCCAAGUGUUCUUCAACGAUCAUGCUACCAAUGAUUUCAAUACACUUUUCACAUCCCUCCCUCAGGAUAGGCAAUACUUUGCUGCUGGAGUGCCAGGUUCAUUCUAUGGCCGCUUAUUCCCAGAGUCCUCUCUCCAUUUUGUGUAUUCCUCCACUGCACUCCAAUGGCUCUCUCAGUUGCCUGAUGCGUUGCUUGACAAAAAAUCACAAGCAUGGAACAAUGGAAGAAUUUACUACACAAGUGCCUCGGAGGAAGUAGCAAAUGCUUAUGCAGCUCAGUUUAGAAAGGACAUGAAGAUGUUUCUGAAUGCCAGAGCUAAAGAGAUUGUGGCUGGAGGUAUGAUGGUAGUGCUCAUGCCCGGUUGUCCGGAUGAUAUCCAUUAUUCUCAGCGCUCAGCAGGUCUGAUGUUUGAUUUCCUUGGGUCUACUCUCAUGGAUAUGGUGAAUGAGGGAUUAGUGAGUGAAGCUCAAGUGGAUUCAUUUAACUUGCCCGUGUAUUGUCCCUCCCCCAAGGAGAUAGCACGUCUUGUAGAAGAAAACGGGUGUUUCAGGAUUGAGAGAAUGGAGUUGAUGGAUCCCAGGUCAAACAUGAAUUCCCCAUAUGAUGUGCAUAAAUUCAUAAUGCACGUAAGAGCUUUCCUGGAAGGAGUUUUCACCAAACAUUUUGGAAGUGAGAUUGUUAAUGAAAUGUUUGAAAGGAUUUUUCAAAAAAGUUCAGAGUUUUCCUGCGUGUUGGACGAAGGCGACAAGCAAAAAAAUAUAGUAUUUUUUAUUUUGAAACAUAAAUGAUACGAGUUGGAGAUGGUCUUCAUCUUGGCCUCAGUACAAGGGUAAUUUGCAUGUCUUUUCUCUCUCCCUCUCUUGUUUUUGUUGUUGUAUUGUACUGGGAUAAAUAAUCCAUUAUUGGCUCAAUAAAAUGGGUUUAAACUCAAGUGUGGGAUGUAUUUCUUGUUGGAAUCAAUAGAUUAAAACAUUGAGUAUC